CAACAGCAAUGGACCGAUGGUGUUUCCAUAAACCCUAGACUUAUCGCCUUCCCUCUUCCUCUUCGCGCGGUUGUUCUCUUCGAGGGGGGCUCUUCGCCCUCUAUCUUCGAAUUUUUCUUAGCCGCGAUUCUUCUUUUCCCGUCGUUGCUUAUCUUCAAUCUCCUGCCUUCCGACGCCUUCCCGUCGAUCUGAGUUUAAUUUCCAUAUGAGUAGUUCUUUCAUCGCUUCUUCUUUGUUUGAGGGAUGCUGCUUUUCUGAUGGUCUGGGUUGCUUGUAAAACAUUAAUUAUCUAGCUCUCUCCAAAUCUUGGGUUUCUUGACAUUCCUUUGGGUCAAAAUGAUUGCCACCGAAACCAUUGUACCGAGUAAAAAGCUGAGAAUUAAACUUGCCGGGAAACAAGUAGAAGAUCAUCCUCGUUCACAAUCUUCUGUAUUUGGGAAGCUUGUAGGCCAGAAGUUAACAUUUACUGGAAGCAAUGGGUUGAAGGUGGAUGGUGCAUUCAAUUAUUCAUUGAAUGCUUUCAGUAAUGGUAAGACCUUUGCUGCUGCCUGUUGUAAGUCCAAAUCUUCAAUCACAAUUACUGAUAAGCGCAGAGCAACCGAGGAUAUAAAAUCUCCAAGAGAGAAGAAGCAGAAGUUGGAUCGGAGUACAACGCAGCAAUGCUCUUCAAUUUUAAAAGAACUAAUGUCCCAUGUAUGUGGUUGGGUUUUCAACCAACCCGUGGAUCCUGUGGCAUUGAAAAUUCCUGACUACUUCUCAAUCAUCACUGAUCCUAUGGAUUUGGGAACUGUCAAAUCCAAGCUAGAGAAAAAUAUGUUUCAGACAAGUGAAGAAUUUGCUGCUGAUGUUAGACUAACAUUUUCUAAUGCCAUGCGUUACAAUCCUCCUGCUAACGCUGUUCAUAAGAUGGCCAAGGAACUUAACGAAGUUUUUGAAAAGAGAUGGAAACUGCCGAAGGAAAAAUGGGUCAGUGGAAGAUCAACUUUUCAGCGAGUAAAACUUUCAAAUGGACCAACAGGAGAAAAGGUUUCCCGAACUCCAUCUCGGAAUACUUUAUUGCAUAAGAAGUCAACAGUAUCUGAAGAGAAUGUCAGUACACCGUCUUCAAAUGCAAAUGGUGUUGAGGUUGAUCAUGCUAAAACACUCCCAACUUGUGCACCCAAACCUCCCAGGAAGAACUUCCAUACAGGAACAGAAACUAGCAGUAAACAUGCUUGUAGCUCCUUUGAUAAUCAAACACCGAGACAGGUUGUCAGUAAGUGUACGAGAUGUUGUAACAUUCCAUGUCAUUGUAGCUCUUCUUCCAAUUCAGGCCUUGCAUCCUCUGAUCAAUCUAACGGGAGAUCAUUGUCAAGAGAGAAUUCAGAUGUCAAUUAUUCCAGUGGACUGGACUCUCAAAUAUGGAGAUUGUCAGUUUCCCAGCCGUCCAAGUCGGAUACAGGCUCUGAAGGGAUUAGAUGUAUUUUGGAGGAUGAAAGCAAACCUUGUGAUCAGUCUUUGACCCUUGAGACAAAUGCUACCUCUGGAGAGUGCUCUACCCCAAAUUUUGACGUACAACUUUCACCAAAGAAGGCUCUCCGUGCUGCAAUGCUUAAGAGUCGCUUCGCUGAAACCAUUUUGAAAGCACAACAGAAGACACUUCUUGAUCUUGGCGAUAAAGUUGAUCAAGUGAAGAUGCAGCAGGAGAAGGAAAGGUUAGAAAGGAAGCAGCGUGAAGAGAGUGCACGUAUAGAAGCACAAAUAAAGGCUGCCGAGAUGGAAUUGCAAUUGAAAGCGGAGGCGGAGAAGAAGCAGCAGCGAGAUAGGGAUAGAGAAGCUGCCCGUAUUGCUCUUCAGAAGAUCGAAAGAACCGUUGAACUGGACCAAAAUCUCGAGAUCCUAAAAGAGCUGGAAAAACUUAGCGGAGGAAUCUUAUUCGUCAAACAUCACUGUGCAAAGUUGAAGAGGUCAUUAGACGAGGGUCAGUUGGAAAAUCCAUUGGAACGACUUGGUUUGUUUAUCAAGGAUGAAUUCCUGGACGAAGAUGAAGAAAACCAUCUACAAUGAAAAUGGGAAGGAGGGUGAGAUUUUUCCUAGUUGAAACUUCCUCUUAUUGUUUAUCAAAGGGAAUGUUUCGACUGUGACUGCGUUCGACUGGUUUGUGGGAAGCAAUAGUUGUAAAUGAUACGAAAUUCAUAUUUGUUUGGGUUCAGGUUUAGGACUUAUGAGUACUGUAACUGAUAGUACAGUAGAGGUGAUGUAUAGCCCAAAGUGGUUCUAUGGAUGGGAAACCCAAAAAUUAAAACUAGGAUCCCAAAAAUGAAAAAAAAAAAAAAAAAAAAAGAAGAAAAGAA